CGACGUUAGUUUCGAUCGGUCUUUCGCCAGGUUUGGACGUGCUCGUUUUACGCUGCCGCCCCUAAGGGAAAAUUUCCGCAUGUGCUCUUCACCUUAAACUUGCGUGUGUACGCGGUACGGUUGUGUUUGUAGCUGCGUUGGCGCGUGUUUGUAUUGGUGUAUUGGGCACUUGACAGCAGCAGCACACUGUUGAUUGUGUCAUUCUUGCAGCCAAGUUGGGUCUGAUUUGACACGGGAAGUGAAUGUAUCUAGGAAGAAGCGAUAUAUUUUGGGCUAAUUGGUGGAAUUUGAGGAUUUUUGGAGGGUGAUAUAUCGGAUUAUUGAGGUUGACUGUGGUUGAUAACAUGUGGAGUGCGUUAAAUUGGUGGAAAAUUACUUAAGGGAAAACCAGUCUGCUACGCCAUUUUGUGUUUGUGACAGUCGAGCGCCCGUAGGGUCAGAUACCAAAACAGCUGUCUAUUGUUUUAUUGGGGGCCCUUUAAACGCUAUUGGAGUGCUGAUUGUGUGCGUGUGCAGCACAAGAGAUCGAAUCAUUUGAGUAACGCUUGCGAAGAAGAAAAGAUGUAUCCCGCAAGAGGAGGAGCAGGAGGACCAGCAGCUGCCGCCGGAGGUUUCAUGCCCCAUUCCCUUGCAGAACAACAGGACAAGGACAAGCUUAACACCGACAGCGGCGCGGUCGAUUCCGGGUUCCACUCCGGGUACAACCUGAGCUCGGACAACUUUACGUCGUCCUCGUCGGUGGCCGCGGAACCUGCGAUCCAGCAGAGCAGCGCCUCCCAGCAGCAGCAGCACAAGCAGGUCGUCGAGGAAGACUCGCAGACGUUCGACUCCGGCGUAGCGCUAGACUCGAGUGACAAGAUGCGGAUGAGCGACAUGACCGACCUGUGCAAGAGUCUGCUCCAGCUGCAGAUGUCCCGGAAAGAGGCCAAGUCCAACCCGUGGGAGCCGUACUUCCUCCAGAACGACGACGGUGAUACGUACCUCCAUCUGGCCAUCAUCCACGAGAACGUCGAGGUCGCGGCCAAGCUGAUCCGCGGCGCGACCCGCACCUGGCUCGACAUCCAGAACGACAUCGGCCAGACCGCGCUGCACCUGGCCGUGCUGACCGAACAGGCCCGCAUCGUGCGCUGGCUGCUGGUCGCCGGAGCCAAGCCCGGUGUCCGCGACAUCGAGGGCAACACCGCCCUUCACCUGGCCUGCCUGCACCGGCGGAACGAGUGCGCUAAGCAGCUGCUGACCCCGCUAAGCCUGGCCGAACUCCAGACCAGCCCUGCCGUUCAACAGAGCCCAACCAAACUUCCACAAGAUCUCGAACAGUGGAACUACAAUGGAAAACGAUGUGUUCAUAUCGCCGCGGAAACGUCCAACAUUGAGCUGCUGCGGUAUCUGGUCAGCGCCGGAGCCGAUGUCAACUCGCGGGAAGGCAAAGCCGGCCUCACGCCGCUGCACAUUGCGAUCGAGAACGGCAACGAGCCGCUGGUCAACUUCCUGCUGGACGAGUGCCCCAAGCUGCGCCUGGAGGCGGUGACGUACGCCGGCUUGACCGCGUACCAGCUGGCCGUCAUCCAGCACAACCAGACGCUCCAGAACGGACUGAAACGGCGCGGCGCGGAACCGCUAAGCCCGCCGGAAAGCGACGAGGAGACGGACGAGAGUGACGACAGCAUGGAUGAUGAGCAGUAAUCGCUGUGUGUCUCUGUGUACUAAAGAAUAGUCGUUAUCACUUCUGUAUGCCUCUUCUGUCUGCGUGUGAAUGUGAACUCUGUCGUAUGUGUCCACGCGAAAGAUUCCAAAUGGUGGCGGCAUCUCUCUAUCGUCGGUGGUGUUGGUCGUCGUCGUCGUCGGAACUGGGAAUGCGUUCAUCUCUGUGUUGUUAACUAGUUGUUAAGGGAUUCUUUGUGUGGAGGAUCAGCUAGGUUUCUAUCCCACUUGUAAAUACAAAAAACAGUAGUUUAAUGCAAUGCUAGCAAGCUAAGCAGUCAUGUUCAAAUAUAGUCUAUCUAAAAUAGGAAAUUAUUUAUGUUAAUAAGUACUAAAAUCACACACACAACACGCACAAAUUUCUCGCUAGGCUAGGUAAAUGGUUUUAACUCAUAAAACAAGCAGAGUGCGCGUGUGUGAGCAACAGCAAACUAACUUAUCUGUAAUAAGGACAGUCGUUUUGUUUUCUUAAACGAUUCAUUUCCACUACCCACUGAUUGUAAUCUACUGUCGAAAGCGGAUUGUUGUGUUUUAAAAAUGUGAUUCCACAAAAUCAAACUAAACGAACUGUGUGUCUGCUUGUUUCUAUUCACCACAGAUAUCAUCGUAUUACGGAUCCAAUGCAUUUGGUAGCAAUUUCGCAGGACUUUCCACAAUCAAUGUAGCGUAAUUUCGUUCUCCCCCUUCCCACUUUCUGUCAAACCUUUCUAACCGUUUUGUUCAGUGACCAGACAAACAGAAACUAUGUAAUCACAGCGGAAGAGAUUGGCCCCAACUACAAAGCGCUGACCCUUCUCCACUGAAGAGUUCUGGUAAACGGAAUUUUCCGUGUCAAUUUCCACAAAAAAAACUCGAUGGAGUUGGGGGCAAUCCUGGACGAAACACACACAAAAAAACCUUUUAUUGUACCAAACAAUAUACAACAAAACAGUUAAUAAAAAAUACUAGCAAAAAGAGAUGAUUCAAGAGCAUCUAGAACGAGCGA